UCGGGAGGGUGGGCGUCAUGGCGGCUUCUGGGCCGCUCCCGGUGACCCAGGACCUGUCCACGUUGCGUGCCAAGUUGCAGGGGCUGCUGCGGUUCCUGACGGAAGCCCUGUCCAUUUCCAGUGCACAUACAGUGGACUUCUACACGGAGUCCGUGUGGCAGCAAGUGGUCGACUUGCCCCCGGAGACGGUGCUGGCGGCGCUGAGAUCGCCAGCGGAGGCGGAGGCCCAGCCCUCGGAGGCGCGCCUCCAGGUGGAAGCCGAGAGUGGAUCAGAUAUUACUUAUUUUCCAAAAAUAUUUUGUGAAACUUCCCAGAAGCUGGUGAGUGUUGAAGGCUUCGCUCUGGCUGCUAAAUAUUAUUCUGUACAAAACUUGGGAAUAUGUACUCCUUUUGAACAGUUGCUUGUAGCCCUUCGUGGAAAUCAAAAACAGAGAACUGAUGAAAAUGUGAAGCCAGAUGAGUUUAUGAAUUUGAAAAAAUCUCAUGAAGUUCAGGCAAUGUCAGAGCUCAUCAGCAGUAUUGCUGAUUACUGUGGAAUAAAGCAGAUAAUUGAUCUGGGUUCUGGAAAAGGCUACCUAAGCUCCUUUUUGUCCUUGAAGUAUGGCUUAAAAGUUUAUGGAAUUGAUUCCUCAAAUACCAAUACUCAUGGAGCUGAGGAGAGAAACAGGAAACUGAAGAAACAUUGGAAAGUCUAUCGUAGGCGGUCAAAAUUAGAUGUCAAUGGACUGGCAUUACAAAUGACAAAAGAAAGGAAAGUGCAAGAUGAAAUUAAAUUUAAAGCCAAUAUUGAGGGAGUAUGUAACAGCAGUACUGCAAAUCAAGAAAAGAUGUCGACCUCGGACUUUCUGCAAGAUUUUUCAGGCUCUGUAAUUUCUAACAUCAGAAAACAAAUGGAAAACCUACAUGUUUAUUCACAUCGAGAAGAAAAUUUGUGUUUUGAAAAUGCCUUUUCUUUUAGGGACCUUUUGCCUAUUAAUGCCAUAGAACCUACUUCUUCAUCCCAUAUACCCAAGAGAAAAAUGUCUGAAGCAAAUAAAGAGAGAAGAAAAAUGAUGUCAAAGUCAAAUGAAUCCAAUAUAUAUUCACCUUUAACAUCUUUUAUCACUGCUGAUUCAGAACUACAUGAUAUUAUUAAAGAUCUGGAGGAUUGUUUGAUGGUAGGUCUGCAUACUUGUGGUGAUCUUGCUCCAAAUACUCUACGAAUAUUUACUUCCAAGUCUGAAAUCAAGGGAGUUUGCAGUGUGGGUUGCUGCUACCACCUCUUAUCUGAAGAGUUUGAAAACCCACAUAAAGAAUGUACCCAAGAAAAGUGGGGAUUUCCAAUGUGCCACUAUUUAAAGGAAGAGAGAUGGUGCUGUGGCCGGAAUGCCAGAAUGUCAGCAUGUUUGGCACUGGAGCGCGUUGCAGUCGGCCAAGGGCUGCCUACUGAAUCACUCUUCUAUCGUGCCGUACUUCAGGAUAUUAUUAAAGAUUGUUAUGGCAUCACCAAAUGUGAUCGGCAUGUUGGUAAAAUUUAUUCCAAAUCCUCUUCCUUUCUGGAUUAUGUCAGAAAGUCUCUAAAGAAGCUUGGAUUAGAUGAGUCCAAGCUGCCAGAAGAAAUUAUAAUGGAGUAUUACGAGAAGUACAAGCCUAGAAUGAAUGAGCUGGAGGCUUUUAAUAUGUUGAAAGUUGUUCUGGCUCCUUGCAUAGAGACAUUGAUUCUUCUGGAUCGACUUUGCUACCUGAAAGAGCAGGAUGAUAUUGCGUGGUCUGCGCUUGUGAAGUUGUUUGAUCCUGUGAAAUCUCCCAGAUGUUAUGCCAUUAUUGCGCUGAAGAAGCAGCAGUGAUUUCAAUUGAAGCAAGAGACAAAUGUGAGAUUCCAGCAUCUAAUCAACAUGAGAUGAUCUGUACGGUCACACUGAGAUGAUAACAUUUCAGCAGAAAGCAAAGAAAUACAAUAUUUUAGUAGGACUUUAUACACGUGAGUCCCUGUUGCACUGUUUGUAGACUCAUCUCAUAAAACCGGCUCUUUGAGAACUCGUUUACAAGUUGAACUAAAGAGUGGUACAUCAGCAGGAGCACCGAUUCUGACAAUUACCUUCUGGGUGAGUUAAAGCACGACUCUUAAUAUCUCAGAGCCUCAUUUGUAAAGUAGGGUUUUAUUUAAUAUUUAUUUUAUAAACAUUUAUUGAAUGCCUACCAUGUGUCAGAGAUUAUGCUAGGUAGGCACUGGCAGUAUGGAGGCAAACAAGACAUGUCCCUGUCCUCAGAGUUCAGUGCGGAAGACAAUAAAAUUACUAAUUACAGUAAUUAGAACUAUAAUUACUGAACAAGACUGAGAGGAUCAGGGCAUAGGAUUCUUUAGGGUAUCUUCAAAUCAAUAGACUUAGGGGAAUGAAGGACUCAGUAAUAUUAGUACCGUAGUUUAGAUUCAUGUGAUUUAAGUUGUUUUAUGUCCUUGCCUAAGUCACUUAACUAUUCGGUGUGCCUCAGUUUUCUCAUCUGUAAAAAAUAACGUAAGAAUAGAAUUUAUUCAUAAGGUUGUUAAGAGGAUUAACGGACUAAAUAUAUGUUAUUCAAAUCCCCCAAAAUAUCUCCAGCCACCCUGUUAAUCAAGCAAAACUAAGUUUAUUAGAAUUCUCUUCAGCAAUAGAGGACUUCCCCUUGACAGUCUUGACUGUCUCUGAAGGAGGAAGUCAGGAAAGGAUAUUUAUAAGAUUUGGAAGUCUGGGCUCAAGGAGCUUAAGGCAGCUUUUUUAAGGUGGAGAACAGACUGGGAUUGGGGAAAUUUCAUGACGUAAGUUUUAUGGUUAGUAUCUACAGCAAGGUGAGGGUCUUGAACCAAGUCUUGAUAAGUAAACUGUUGCUUGAUAAGUGAACUCUCUGCCAAGGAAAGCAGAUUGUUUGUCUGAGAUAAAGUAAUAUAUGGGAAUUUCCUGAAACAAACAAGUUAUUUAUUGGUUUACAGUCUUAUCUUUCCUGGGGAAAGUUUUCGUGCAACAAACAAAUAAAUCAUGUUGAAACAGGUGGUCUCAGUUCUUAGACCCCAUAGCUCUGUCAACAUUGAUGCAGAUGGUUGCGGCUCUCCAUGUAAAGUACUUAAUUCCUGGAACAUAAUGCAUAAUAUAAAAGCAAUAGUUGUGUUUUUUAAAUGUCCUAGAGGGAGAGAAAUGGGAACUUAUUUAUAAGUUAUGACAUUGAUUUUGUAGGGAAAAAAUGUGUUCUAGAUUCUAAUCAGACAACUUACAAAUGGAUUUUUAGUGUCCCCAUUCAAAAUUUGAGGAAUUGUCCACAUUUAAAAGUGGAUUUGAUUACUGGAUGAAGAACAUUACUUUAUGCUCAGUAGUAUGUUUCACAGCAAUUUUGCUUGCUGACAUAAUCUCUCAUUUUAAGAUUAAUAUUCAUUUUUAGAUUAAUUUCUAACAGUGAUUGCUCUAUAUCUAUAGGUAUAAAUUCUGAGACUUAUGCAAAAGCCCUCCCACACUACAUGAAUCUGAUGAUUGUUCUUUAAAUGGCAUUUCUAGCUACUGUGCAUAAUAAUAAUUAUUAUUAUUACCCUCUCUAACAUACAUAGUUAUUCCAAAGUCUUUGUCAUGAGGCAUGAGGUUUCAUUUUUUCCUAGAUGGCUAUGAGCUAAAUUGACUGCUUUUUUUAAUACAUGUUUUUUUAAAUUGAGAUAUAGUUGGUUUACAUAUUAUAUAAGUUUCAGGUGUACAACAUAGUGAUUCACAAUUUUUAGAGGUUAUACUCCAUUUAUAGUUUUUAUAAAAUAUUGUCGAUAUUUCCUGUGCUGUAUAUCCUUGUAGCUUAUUUAUUUUAUACAUAGUAGUUUGUACCUCUUAAUCCCCUACCCCUAUCCUGCUCCUCCUUCCUUCCC